AGUGAUGCUAAUGACGACGAUGAUGAUGAUAACGAUAAUGACGAUGAUGACGACAAUAAUGAUGAUGACGAUGAUGAUGAUGAUGACGAUGAUGACAAUGACGACGUCGACGAUGAUGGUGAUGACGACGGCAGUAUUGUUAGCGAAGGCAUUAGCUUUGCACUACUGCAACUGUUUGUAAAAAGGUUUGAUUUGGCCUGA